ACUGUGUUAUUAUCACGAGAUGCCAACGUACUGAAUGUUGUGGUGUCUGUUUUCGUUGAAUGUACGUGUUUAUUUAUUUUAAAGUUGUAAGGAAUGUUUAAUAGAGUCAAAAAUGCUUUGUACAAUGUUGUUGGUGGCUUAGAUACAUAUCCAGCUAUUAAAGAUGGAGAAUAUUCUAACAGACCACCUUUGAAAUUUCGCUAUGCAAGACCAACCUUUCUGCAGCUGACAUCUGAUGAUGAAGUGCAAGUGUCAGCAGACCAUAUAAUACGUCCAAUUAUUGUACCUAGAGACAUAACAAAACUACCUUGGAAUUCAGGUUAUGCUGAAGCUAUUAAUGCUGGAAAAAGUGUUAGAAAUGAAGACCAGGCUGCAACCAUACGAGGCCAUUUGUAUCCAUCGAAGACAACAUCUAUAAAAACUGAAGUGCAGGAAUCAAUAGAAGUGAAAGUUUCUCCACCCGAAGAUACUAAACCUAUAGAAAAUGGCCCUGAAAUAGCUACAGAAACUGAACUUAAUAAUUUAGCAGAUGGUAAUGACUCUGCUGGCUUGAGAAAUACCUCUGUUCCUGAAGAUCCAAAAUUCACCACACCUCCAUCAACUCCAGAACCAUUACGGAAAACAGAGAUAGGUCAUACCAUACCAUGGAUAUAUUUUGCAUUAUUUGAUGGUCAUGCAGGAUCUGGGGUAGCUGUGGCAGCAUCUAGUACAUUACACGAAAUUGUGAAGGCAAAGUUGCAAGAAGUUGCUGACUUGCUUGAAUUACCUGACGAUGAACUAAAUUUGAUGGCAAAAGGUAGUCAUGAAAGGAGUUCUCAACCUGCUGGUUUUCAGGGUUUCUCCAAUGACAGAGAUGUAACAGUCGAUUCCCUUAUUGUAGGAGCUCUUGAGUCUGCAUUCUGGGAAAUGGAUAGGCUAAUUGCAAAUGAUAAAAGACAAUAUACAAUGACUGGUGGAUGUACAGCUUUAGUUGCUGUUUUUAUGUUUGGUAAACUGUAUGUUGCAAAUGCAGGGGAUAGCAGGGCAGUGAUAUGCAGGGGCACCAAAACUUUUCCUAUGUCGAAUGAUUUCACUCCAGAAACUGAAAGGAAUAGAAUACGAAAAUUGGGACACUUGCGUCCUGAACUGCUAGGAGGCGAAUUUACUCAUUUAGAAUUUGUAAGGCGUCCUGCAAGAAAAGAUCUUGGUGAAAAAAUACUUUACAGGGAUGCUUUUAUGAGUGGCUGGUCUUAUAAAUCCAUUUCAAUGGAGGAUCUCAAAUUUCCUUUGAUUUAUGGAGAAGGUAAAAGAAGUCGAGUUUUGGCAACAAUUGGUGUAACGCGAGGUUUUGGUGAUCAUGAUUUAAAGGCUUUAAACACAGAUGUUGAUAUCAAACCCUUCCUUUCAUCAGAACCUGAAGUGAAGAUAUUCAACCUCUUAGAAGAAGAACUGACUGACGGAGAUGUUUUAAUUAUGGGAACAGAUGGUUUAUGGGAUGUCACAACAAAUGAGAAGGCUGCAGAAGUUGUACAAAAAUCUUUAGACCACUUCCCUGCUAAUGAUGCUCAGCGUUACAAAUAUAGGUAUACUUCGGCAGCUCAAGAUUUAGUAAUGCAUGCACGUGGAAAACUAAGAGACAGAAACUGGAGAACAGCUGAUAAUAAAUAUGCUACUAUAGAUGAUAUUAGUGUUUUUGUAAUUCCAUUGCGUCCAUACAAGGAUGAGUAUUGUCAACUUAAUGCAAAAAAGAAUCCACUAAGACACUAGGUUAUAAUUUAAUUAAUUUUGUGUAGUAUUAUGCUAAGAAGGAACUGGAAGCUCAAAAGUUUCUACAGAACUUCUUUUGUUUGUAUGAAAUUUUCAUACA